AUGCAACUCAGCGGGGACUUAGGCAUUCCCUUUCUCGGUUAUUCUGGUUAUUUUACACGGGGCCAACCCCUUGGCCGUCCCGCGGGAGCGCCCGGGCCCCAUAUCCUGCAACCCGAGACGUCGGUGUCCACUGCGAGAUACCGCCUUAUCUUAACUGCGCCCCCCCCCCCCCUUCGCCGCCCCUCCUGCGCCAAAACUGACCCCACGGUGCCACCGGGAUAUCGAAUGGGCGAUUUCGGAUUCGUAUGCAAUUUGCCCCCGACUCCGGCGAGAGAAACUUACGAGCCGCCCUUUCCCAACAGGGCGAGGCCCCCGGAAAGGGCUCAAAGUCGCAAGGUGGGAUUUGUUGGACGGAGACGUUAUUCAAUAUUAUUUCUCGGCGCGUCACGGCGGUACGUGCGCCGCGAUUUAUUAGUCAUUAACGAGAUUACGGCGUGGGGAGAUGCGUCGGCCGAACGCUGCGGCAGCCUCGCGUGCCUUCGGAAGUUUUACCGAUAUCCCUCCAUCAACGUGGUCUUGUCGCUAACUCGUAAAGUCCCGGAUUGGGGCGUGACUGUUCAAAAUCAGUGUCUAUGUGUUACC